UUGUGUAGUAAUGGCUUCGGAGAUAGUCCUUCUUGGAGUUAGCGAUGGGCUUAUUACGCAAAAGAAACUGACAAGUUAUUUCACAAACAAAUUAGGAGACGUUCCGGACCCGCUGCCCUUGAUAUCACUGCAGUACCCGAAGUGCCGUCUUUGUGAUGGGAUCCUCUCUCAUGUUGUGCAAGUGUACUGCCCUCUUGAGGCAUCUCCCCAUCAUCGCACCAUUAACGUUUUUGCCUGCACGUCAGCACAGUGCUAUGGGAAAUCUGAGAGCUGGAGUGUUCUGCGCUCCCAGUGCCUAGAAUCAGAGAUCAAACCAGUGCAGGGAGCAGAUGGUGUACCAGUGAAGGAGAGUCCGAUGUCCAGCACAGACUGGUGUGAGGACGCUGAUGACUGGGGCAUGGGCAAUGAAGACACUGAAACUGGUGCUGUAGGGCAGAUCCAAUCGGCCGCUCAACCUCAAAAUAUCCCUCCAUAUGGACUGGAUGUCACUUGUAGACUACAGGACCUUAGCAUUGAAGGAAGAGAAGAGCAUUGGCCUAACCAACCCGCUUUUCAAGCCUUCUACAUAAGUGUUGUCAAUGAGACAGACUUUGAUGGACAUAUCAGUGUAGAUCACGCCAACAGACUGCUGAAAGAAUAUGAGAAAAGAGAGGGAAUUGUUGUAGGGAAUUUAGGGAGCUCGGAAGGGCCAGAAGAGGAGAAAUAUGAGAAGACCAAAGCAAGACAUGGGGAUGCAGUUUUCUCCAGAUUUAUGAAGAAAAUCUCCCUCUGUCCAGAACAAGUGUUACGAUACAGUUGGGGUGGAUCACCUUUGUUCAUUACAGAGCCUCCCUCGAAUAUGAAGCAGAUGGUGCCCCCCUGCUCUCACUGUGGCAGCCCUCGAGUGUUUGAAUUUCAGCUUAUGCCAGCCAUGGUCAAUUUGCUCCAUGGUGCAGAUUCAAAUUCAGGGCUGGCUUUGGAGUUUGGAACUGUCCUGGUAUACACUUGUAGGAGCAGUUGUUGGACCUCUGGAUCAAAUGUGCCACUUCAAGAAUACAUUUUUGUGCAAGCAGACCCAGACCAACAUCUUUUUAAAUAA